AUGGCUGCGCGGGAAGUGGACCAACGCUUGCGUGGGAUGCUGGAGCCCCUCCAGCAGCAGGAUCCAGAUAUUUCCCAGAUCGUGACUUACUCAAAGUUUGUGGUUGCCUACUUCCUGCAGCAAGAUGGGCAAAGCCCUGGAUGGCGAAAGGCCAACAUUGAAGGACCAGUGUACCUCGUUCGUCGGAAAACCGUGCCUUUGUAUCAGAUUAUAGUCAAAAAUCAGUUCAGCACCAGCGACCUCAUUGACAACCUGCACCCAGAGUGGGAAUUGGAUUGUCAAAAGAACUACAUCUUCUACAAGAUUGAAGAUCCGUCGAAGCAGAUUCGUGGACUUUGGUUCCACAACGAUGCGGAGCGCGUAAAGAUCGAGAACAUGCUGGAGCAGACGAUGGAAGAGAUUCGGAACAAGGGUAUGGAUGUCCAACCUCCGACGAAGCAGGUAGCGGCCCAGCCACCACGACUCGGUGAAUCUGCAGCGAAUGGUGACACACAGUCCGCUGAUGGCGUGCUGGUUACGAAAGAGGGGGUGCGCUCAGCACUUCAUGCGAUGGCUGAUGAUGAUGCCUUCUUGGAAACGAUCAUGCAGAAGCUGAAGCUGAAAUCAGGUGCGUGA